AUGAUGAGCACCGUCGCCUCUGUUGCCGCAACCGAAAAGGCCGCCGUACGCCGGCCGGAUGUGCCAGAUUGGGAGGCGGCGGCGGCCAGUGAUGCGGUUAGUGAGGAAAAGCCUGCUAACCCCCGCAAGAGGAAAAAGAGCUCCCGGGCUUGUGAUUUUUGCCAUGUCAACCACCAGCCAUGUGACAAUGCAAAGCCACGGUGUGGCUACUGCGAGAAGCACGGAAAGCAGUGUCUAUACCUACGACCCCAGAAGAAGAGAGGUCCGGCGCAGGGAUAUCGCAAUGCCCUACACAGCAUGCGGGAGAGUGCAGCUGCUUGGGGUGUGGCCUUGAGCUUGAUACCUGAGCUGGAUACAAUGGUGGAGGCGGCAAUUGCCCAGAGCGAGCAGGACGGCCAGGCCGUCUCUGUAUCGGUUAAAGACCCAGAUCAGCAAGAUGCCUUGAUCGCCUCGUGGCAACAAAGUCGGGCAUUCAGAGCAUUUUUUGGCGAUGAAGCAGCUGCGAGCGCAACGGCAGGGGUGGCAGCAUCAGAGAAAGAAGAAGGCUCGCCGAAGGUGAACGAAGGGCUGGCCACCUCCCGAGGUACUCAUUCUGACCGGGCACAGCCACCAGCUCCCGUAGCGGGGCCAGACUGGACGCCGGCCAAGACGGCAUCGCCACCGUCAAAACAUAGUAGCUUUCUCACGUCGCCUCCACUACAUGACGGUAGCCUCACGGGAAUCCAGAAUAUGUUUGACAGCAUGGAUCACAGUCUGGGCUUGCCAUUUUCAGUCUCUGACUUGGUGGUCCAUCAAAUCCAGUCGGGACAGGUCAUCGUUGACCUCUGCUCAGUGGCCAAGGAACUGGUCGAAAACAGCCUGGACGCCGGUGCUACGGCCAUCGACGUCCGGUUCAAGAAUCAGGGCCUGGAUUCAAUCGAGGUUCAGGAUAAUGGCUAUGGAAUAGCACCACAGAACUAUGCAGGUGUGGCCCUGAAGCACCACACGUCCAAACUAUCGUCGUUUGCAGACCUGGAUACGCUGCACACCUUUGGGUUCAGGGGUGAGGCGCUCUCGUCACUCUGUGCCUUGUCACAUUUCACCGUGACGACAUGCCUGCAGUCGGAUGUUCCCAGGGGCACGAAACUCGAGUUCGAAGUGUCUGGCAAACUCAAGAGCACGAGCUUGGUUGCGGCCCAGAAGGGAACUGUCGUCACCGUCGAAACCCUCUUCCAUAAUCUCCCAGUCCGCCGUCGGGAGCUGGAGCGCAACAUCAAGCGGGAAUGGGGUAAAGUCAUCAACUUGCUCAAUCAAUACGCCUGCAUCCAGACCGGCAUCAAGUUCACGGUAUCACAGCAAACAAACAAAGGCAAGCGUACGGUUCUGUUCUCAACCAAGGGCAACAAGUCGACCCGUGAAAACAUCGUCAAUGUCUUUGGCGCAAAAACGCUGUCCGCUCUUAUCACACUAGACCUAGAACUAGAACUUGAGCCGACGACGAGCAAGGCGACUGCUGCUGCGACGGGAAGCGCGCGACAACAAGGCGAGACGACUACCGUAUUCGUACGAGGUCAUGUCUCACGACCAGUCCGUGGCGAGGGGCGACAGACUCCUGACCGGCAGAUGUUCUACGUGAACGGUCGCCCGUGUAUUCUGCCUCAGUUUGCCAAGGUUUUCAACGAGGUCUAUAAAAUCUAUAAUUCAACCCAGUCGCCAUUCAUAUUUGCCGAUAUCCAACUUGAUACCCAUCUCUACGAUGUCAAUGUCAGUCCUGAUAAGAGGAGUAUACUGCUCCACGAUCAGGGCCGCAUGCUAGACAAUAUGAGGGAGGCUCUCAUCGAGCUUUUUGAGAAGCAGGAUAUCACUAUUCCUGUCUCUCAACUGACAGCACAGAAGCUCACGACCCCUUUCAAGAUGCCAACGAUUCCAAGGCGAACUAAGGACACGCCCACCUCUGGCCAGCAACAUAAGGAUGUGCAGGAAGUCGGCGACAAUGACGAUGAAGACGAUGUAAUGGCAGACACACCCGAUCAUGCUUAUUCCAGGCAGAACUCGGGACCUGUCAUUUCAGAUAAGUCUCCGGCUAGGGUUUCCACAAGAGUCACCGACUUUAUCAGCGCUCGGGCUCAUCAUAAUUCCGAUGCACGCCCCGAGCAGCCUGUAGGUGCGGCUCCUCCAAAGAGAAAAGAAAGCGUUCCAGACGGGGUGGCUACGUUCCUGUCUAAUCUAAGAGGCGACUACACCUAUAACGACGAGUCAGCGCCUUCAGAACCUGAGGUGGAAGAGACAAAAAAUGUUGAACAGGAUGAUGCGGGAGCCGGGUCACGAACACUCAACGCUAUUGAAACUGGCGAGGAUGGAUCUCAAGACCAUGUUCAAGAGUCACCAGUUCGAGCAAUCGCACCACCGAGAAGCCAGGGAAUCAAAGCUAGCCAAGCUCCUGCGUUCUCGACAUUAAAGAGGCCGUCCACCGAGGUCGCCACAAUAACGAUCGGCGAUCAGACGGUCACCAGUGUUGUCGGGGGGUCGCACAAAAGGCGGUGUACCAGUCAGAUGCCGCAAACUAGUCAGGGGAGCAAGCAGAGAUCAGGAAUUGGGAAAGGAAAAGCUCCUUUGCCGUCGUUCAACGGACGUCUGACACAGAUGUUUGCGGCUUCUUCGGCACGAGGAUCGGAGCCUGACCCAGGCACUUUACUCAUGGACGAUGCUUCCCUAGAAGUUUACGAGGAGAUAGACGACAGUGAUGCCAUGUCUGAGGCCCCAUUAGACCACAGCCAGGUUGAAGAGGAUGAAUCCAAUGAUGAUGCUCGCGAGCGCAGUAUUGUUGGGAGCUCACAGGACAAAGAACACCAGAUAACCCAGAAGGACUCAUCUCCUUCACUUGCCGAAGAGGACGGGGAUGGAGCGCCCAAUUCCGAACAGAAUGAGGAAGCCCCUAAUAGCCCAGGGAUGUUUGUCGACUCGGUUGACGACGAUGAGAAUUACAUAGAAGAAGAGGAAAAGAAGAGACAAGAAGAGGAGAAAGUACAAAAGCUGAUUAGUGAGGCUGAGAAGACAGACAAUGAGCCAAGGAAUGAUGUGGAGAAGCGGUCAAAAGCGUUUUUGAAAGGAAGGGCCAGACGCAAGGACUCCACCUUGACGCUGGUGCAGACGUUGAGACUACCUGAUCGGUCUGUCCAUCGUCAAGAGAACAUGUGGCGAGCGUCGCUGGAGAGAAUGACAAAGCCAAACGACAUAUCCAGAGCUGGUUACCACAAUGACGAGGAUCCUGCAUUGAGAGCGGAUGCUGAGGGUGUGGACGCUGAUACCGAGAAUGCCGAGGCGAAGCUGUCCCUCACAAUCACCAAGUCGGACUUCGAGCAGAUGAAGAUAAUUGGACAGUUCAACCUCGGCUUUAUCAUAGCUGUCCGCGAGGCUGCCACCAAAAAUGGCAGUGAUGUCGAGCCCAGUGGUCGGAUUGGAGGCGAGUUGAUGGAUGACGAGCUAUUCAUCAUCGACCAGCACGCCUCAGACGAGAAGUACAAUUUUGAGCGCCUCCAAGCCAGCACUGUUGUUGAAUCCCAGCGACUUGUUCGACCCAAACCCCUCGAGCUGACGGCACUCGAGGAGGAGAUAAUCAUUGAGAACCGGGAAGCGCUGGAGACGAAUGGUUUCAUGGUCGAGGUGGACGAGUCGGGCGAGUCCCCCGUCGGGUCGCGAUGCCGGCUGCUCAGCCUGCCCCUGAGCCGCGAGACGACUUUCUCGCUGGCCGAUCUCGAGGAGCUAGUCAGCCUGCUGGCCGACAACCCCACGACGACCGCGACGACCGUGCCUAGGCCGUCGCGGGUCCGCAAGAUGUUUGCGAUGCGCGCAUGCCGCAGCAGCAUCAUGGUCGGGCGGGCGCUGUCUCGGCCCCAGAUGGAAAAGGUUGUUCGGCACAUGGGAGGCAUGGAGAAGCCAUGGAACUGUCCUCAUGGGAGGCCGACAAUGAGGCAUCUGUGUGGCCUGGGUACUACGUGGGACGGGAGACUUUGGGAGGAAGGCGAUGGGUUCGACAACGACGUGGAUGAUCAAGACAGUGUGGACUUUUCUGUUUAUACAUAG